GACACACUUCGCAUCAUAAUUUUGAGUGCCCUUAAAAGGGCAGAGGUGUGAUCUAUGGUUUUCUGCACAUCUUACACAACGAGGUGUAUAAUUACUUUAUUUAUUUUUUAUUAUGCCACAUAAAUGCUGUGUUGCAACAUGCAAAGGAAAUUAUAAGAAUGGCCCGAAGGUGGCUGUAUUUAGUUUUCCUACGGAAGAACAACUGAGAAAACAAUGGAUUUGGAACUGCAAACGAAAAGAUGGAUUCAAGCCUACGAAACAUUCAAAGGUGUGUGAACUUCACUUCAAGCAAGAGGAUGUUCUGAGGCAAACUGAAUUCUUUGAUGAGAAAACUGGAAAGAAGAUCAUUAUACCAUUGUCAUAUCCUCGUUUAAAGAAUGGUGCAAUUCCAAGUCUGUUUCCUGAUGGUCCGAGUCAUCUUAGUUCCAGUGUUUCAUCAAGGGAAUCACCAGAGCAUAAAAGACUCAAAAGAGAACAAGAUGCACUCGAAAAAGCCUUAGCCUGUAGCUUAGCUGAAAAGGAAGAGUAUGAACGAAAACAAAUGUUUUUAUAA